GCCUACCACCAUGGGACGAAGCCGUUGAUAACCCAGGUGCAAAGAUAUCUCGACUCUGUAGCAUGUUGGGUGGGAGGGAAUGAUAGCUGGGCAUGGGAAUGUGAGCGUUACUUAGGUAAAGAUGGUCUGAAAGCGAAAGAGGGAGCGCCAGUCGUUUUGCUACCGAAGAAAGUUUAG